CGAAGAAACCGCGUGUUAAUGUAACCAGUCUGUGUGGGGGAAACUGCUACAUUGUUUUCCACUGUAGCAAUUAUACCCGCUUAAACUUCGCACGGUAUACCUUUUAUAUUUAUUCUGUUGGAUAUACUGCAAUCGAAAAAAAGAGAAGCCGAGAAGAUUUCCUGGGGCGGCUUAGGAAUUUGGUGUUGUUACAGAAGUGGCAAUUGCUGUUUUCCGAAAGGUUUUGUUGUCCUAAAGAUCGACAGGAGUUGAAUCGGGACAGCGGAAUCUGCCAGCCUCCCUGAGGGCUUUAAAGUCUCUCUUAAAACACUACCUAGUUGGGGAUCCAAACCCAGGAUGCGCUUGCAAUAAACACUUUAUUUUUCUUUUAGAGAGGAUUCUUAUUAAUGUGCGUUUCUUAAAGAAGAUCGAGCGAUUUUUUGAGCAACGGAGCUGAGCUUCUGGCGGACCCAAGCAAUGUUUCCUCAGAGCAGGCAUCCUACGCCGCACCAGGCUGCAGCCCAGCCUUUCAAAUUUACCAUCCCCGAAUCGUUGGACCGUAUUAAAGAAGAGUUCCAGUUUUUACAGGCUCAGUAUCACAGUCUAAAAUUGGAAUGUGAGAAAUUGGCAAGUGAAAAGACAGAAAUGCAGCGACACUAUGUUAUGUAUUAUGAAAUGUCUUAUGGAUUGAAUAUUGAGAUGCACAAACAGACAGAAAUAGCCAAACGUCUGAAUACGAUUUGUGCGCAAGUGAUUCCCUUUCUGUCUCAGGAACAUCAACAACAGGUGGCACAGGCUGUGGAGCGUGCAAAACAAGUGACCAUGGCAGAGUUGAACAGCAUCAUCGGGGUACGUGGGCUUCCCAGUCUGCCUCUUACAGCUCUCUGAUUGCUUGAUGAUACA